CUUUCGUGUCACGUUGAAAAAAAAGUAAGCCCAUACUUAUAGUGUUUGAUGUAAGGGCCUUGGACUGCCUGACGUUUUUAAAAGAGCGUCUAGGAGAGAGCAGUGAGUGAGCGGUGAGUCCAGCUCCAUGGCAGACGAUGUGCCCCAGUCCCCUAUGCUGCAGGGGGGCUCCGCCGGCAGCAGUGGGAGGCCAAAGCGAAGCGGUUCCACCAAGAGUCGGAGGGCCAGGGAGGCCAAAGCUGCCCUCCAGCCUGAAGACCUGCCUGGGGACCAGCAAGACAAACAGCCCGGAGGGGAUGCUGAUGUUGGAAGCAGUGUGGGGAUCUUGACGGAGGAGGAACCUGAGGACCUGUACGCCAUUAACCUGAGAAGGUUGUUCAUAUGCCGGGUUGCCCUCUCCGACGUGACCUGGGACUCGUGGUCGGAGGACAAUGAGCUGGCACUGGACCGCUUCAUAGAAGGAGCCUCCAUCCCUUUAAUGGUGGUAUAUCUGGACCCCAUGACCGGGUUGAGGGUGGAGAACGGCAUGCCCUCACAGGCGGUGGAUCAACUGGCCUACUUCAUCCGCUCAUCAGAGGCACCCAUCAUGCCGGAGACCUUCGAGACGGUCGUGCACUGUGGCACCUUGCGCUGCGGCAGCGGAGGGGGCGGAGCCACAGAGGGCCUGCUGAGGCUAUUGAACGGCGUGCAUGCUCCCCUGGUGGCCCUCAGCACCGUCUUGCCUAAAAACAUCAAGAACAUCUACAGCGCCAACAUGCACCGCUUCCUCUCCGGCCUUACAGCUCCCGGUAGCCAGUACCGCCUGAUGAAAGGGGCUUGUUGUGGCUCCUGGCUCUUCUUCCACGUCUUCAAUGUUUGCGUAGGUUUCACCAAAGUCUCUGAUAUUCCAGCCCUCAUGUCUGGGGGUCGGACGGGGGAGGUGGUUGCCUGGCGCCCUUUGCGGCGCACACUCCACUCUGGAGUGGACUCCCGGUGUCAAGAUGGGCCGGGAACACUGUGCUCUACAUUCCCCAUGGAGGCCCUGCAGCGCAGCCCAGAGGAGGCCAGCAGAGGGACAAGGAGCUUAAUUACAGAGACUGGAGAGUAA